UAGGAGGCGCGGGGCCACCCUGCCCGAGCCGGCGGGCGCUGUGUCCCGCCCGGCGAGUUGGCAGUUGGCGACCCCCCUCGACUCCCCCGCCGCCGCGGGCUCCCCGUGGCCUUCGGAGGCUCGGCGAGUCGCUCCAAAUGUUUGCCAUAUUUGUUCAGCCUCCGUAACUCGCCGAGCAGGGCCAGCGCGGCCCGCCCCGCGCCGCUCUCGCCGUCGCCCCCGCAGCCGCCAUGGGCAGGGAGCGGCCGGGCCGCGGCGCGCGGAGCCAAGGGGGACCGCCGGCCGCCGACGCCGCGGGGCCUGAGGACAUGGGGCCGAAGAGGGGCGCGGGGGCCCCCAAGGAGUGCGGGGAGGAGGAGGCCCGGACGUGCUGCGGCUGCCGGUUCCCGCUGCUGCUCGCGCUGCUGCAGCUGGCGCUGGGCGUCGCCGUGACCGUGGUGGGCUUUCUCAUGGCCGGCAUCAGCUCCUCCCUGCUAGUCAGGGACACUCCAUUUUGGGCUGGGAUCAUUGUCUGCUUAGUGGCCUAUCUUGGUUUGUUUAUGCUUUGUGUCUCCUAUCAAGUUGACGAACGGACUUGCAUCCAGUUUGCCAUGAAACUCUUGUACUUUCUGCUGAGCGCCCUUGGCCUGACGGUCUGUGUGCUGGCCGUGGCGUUCGCCGCUCACCACUAUGCACAACUCACACAGCUUACCUGUGGAACCACGCUCGACUCCUGCCAGUGCAAACUGCCCUCCUCCGAGCCCCUCAGCAGGACCUUUGUGUACCGGGAUGUGACUGACUGUACCAGCAUCACUGGCACUUUCAAACUGUUCUUACUCAUCCAGAUGAUUCUGAACUUGGUCUGCGGCCUUGUGUGCUUGUUGGCCUGCUUUGUGAUGUGGAAACACAGGUACCAGGUCUUUUACGUGGGUGUCAGGGUGUGUUCCCUGACAACUUCCGAAGGUCAGCAGCAAAAGGUCUAACAUUCUUGUUCAAAGGUGGGAGAGCAAACAGCACCCUAACUAGCUGAGAUUUUUUUUAAAAGGAUAAAAAGAGAAAGAAAAUGAAGAAAAAAUGAAAUUUGACAAUAACUAAUAUUCACUGUUCUAAAUGAAUAUUUUUAUAUUUUUCAGGAAAUGAAAGAGCAUUUCUUCAGGUUUCCAUAGUAUUUUUUUUUUUAAUUCUUAAGAUCUAAACUGACUUUGGGAUAUUAAGAGAGCACGGUACAGGGAAAGAAUGGUAUAGUUCUAUCUUUAAAGUCUGGAGUCUAUUCCUAAUACUCAUGUUACCUAUUAUUGAUAAUCUUCUUUCCUGUUAGUCCAGUUCGAUUUGGACAGUUUCAGACCCACUUGCUAAAUUUUGUAGGAUCUUCCUCCAGGCCUCUCCCCGCUCCCGCCGUGAUCCUCACUAUGACUCCGAGAAAAGCAGGGGGCAGGAGGAGGGGGAAAGCUGAACAGCCAGUGUGUCUUUCUCUAUUUUCCCUGGUAGAGAUGUCUUCAAGGCAUGAAACAGCUUAAAAGAGCAGAGUAGAAAAGGAAGAGACUUUGCAAAAGGCUAAAUAAUUACAAACACCUGGGUUGGGGCCCCUGGCCUUUUUCCUCUGCUCCCUCAUUUCGGAUCUGUAAAUAGAUCACUUAGUGAAUGCUUUGGGUGAUUGCUUCUCAGUAACUGAAAGCUGGUGGUAGUUGUAUUCUUAAUGAUAUAGAAGGUUUAAAAAUAAUUACAUUAUGCUUCUAUUCUGUCGUCUAAAACAAAUCAUUAAAACUAAUUUCUAGCUAAUGGUUAAUUAUAAUUAUGCUCAGAAGUCUAUUUAAUGAGCCCUGGCUGUGCUUACGUGGCACUGUCGGUAUUUGGAGAAAUUACUAUCACAAGAGAGAAGGCUUAAAGAUUCUUUCUUCUGAAAGCCAAGCUUUACAAGGGAGAAAAAAAAUUUUUUUUUUUUAUUAAUAGCUCAGGUUAAAAAUACUCAUUUAAAUGAAAAUGAGAGCAUUUGUAAUGGGAAAUGUUUAUGCAAAUAGCACAUUUGUGAUACGUUGUAAAGUAUCUCUCUUGGCAGCUAAGUACUUUUGACGAAGAUUGAGUAAUGCUGAGGUGUCCCAUUCAUGAAAUUAUAUUUGAUAUGUAAUCUUAUUAUUGAUUUGUAUGCACAGUCAACUAGAGCCUUAAACUAAUGUUUUCUGAGGUCAUUAUUUGAACAUUUGGCCAUUGACUUGGAGGGUAAUUUUUGGUUUUGUUUUGAAGUGACUGCGACUUAAAAGAGCACAACUACUCUAUGGUGGGAGACUUUUCUCUCUAGUUAUUGGUAUCAUUGAAUUUGGAACAAUAUCAAUGUUUUAAGGAAGGAGCUCAGAAUGCAAAUUCAUGUAGCAUAAAUGUUACCAAAAACUUUCUCUAUUAGUAUGCUCUGUUGAAAGCAGAAAUUCAAGAUAAUUGAGCUUAAUUUGCUUCUCCAUAUUGCCUAUUGAUAUAUUUUACUAAUCAUUAAACUCUACUCUAAAAAAAUCAUUUCCUUGUUUGCCUUAAGAGGUAUAUGAAUAAUUCCAUCGAUUGUGACAACAGUGUCGAUUAUUACAUGAUAUGAAUAUCCAUAUAAAAAGGGAAAUGUUAAGUUAGUUGGAGGAUUGUAAAUAUAUUUUAUGCCCUCCAGAUAAAACACCUGAUUAACAGAUGUUAAAACCUUUUUAUGUAUUGACUUGCUUUAAAAAUGGCCUUCCUGGGGCUUCCCUGGUGGCACAGUGGUUGAGAGUCUGCCUGCCGAUGCAGGGGACACGGGUUCGUGCCCUGGUCCGGGAAGAUCCCACAUGCCGCGGAGCGGCUGGGCCCCUGAGCCAUGGCCGCUGAGCCUGCGCGUCUGGAGCCUGUGCUCCGCAACGGGAGAUGCCACAACAG